CUUGGGGUCUUUAAUACAUACAGCUCUAAUAUUAGCAACACCAUCUAUUGAUAGAGGUAUAACUCAAUACGUAGGUACAUCCUCGCUACCUACUUGGAAUAUAUGUUAUAUAUCACAUAUCAAUAAUCACAUAUACGAAUAGAAUUGUAGAAGGGUAUACGGCUUCUUCAUCAUACAAAGAGAACAUUGCAACACAUCUAGAUUCGUAGCUUUUGGUAUAUUUCGUGCGGAGAAGCACCACCAAAGCGACCCAGGAUCCCCUUCUAUUUAGUAACCUUUUCCUCUACACCACUUAAAGCGCGUGAACUUGAAUGAUGAGCGUAUCUAAUCAUCCAGUCAUUCGAAAUUCCAUCACGAUUAAAUAACAAGAUGCUCGAAAUCCGGUGCAGCGGAACCCCUUACGAGAUUGGGUUUACCCAUGGUCAGCUAGCCAAAGAGAAGAUAGCAGGGUCUAUCGAUUUUUAUAAACAGCUAUUUUGGGAGUCUUGCUCGAUGACCUGGGCAGAGGUCUUACAAGAAGCGUCAAAAUAUCAUGACAUCCUGAAGAAGAUCGCAGCGCGGUACCUUGUGGAAAUUGGCGGCAUUGCCGAUGGGGCGCAUAUACAGUUUCUAGAUAUCCUAGCGUUAAACAUACGGUCCGAGAUAACUUUUGGCCUCUUCUCUGAUACAUCCAACGGGAUAACAGAUAUCCCUAGCGAUGGCUGUACGAGUUUGGGUUGGUCAGCCAAGUCGAAAUCCUUCAUUGGUCAGAACUGGGACUGGAGGAUAGAACAAGGUCCAAACCUCAUAAUAUGCUACAUAUCACAGCCAGAUCUAGAGAUUCCGGAUAUUGCCAUGGUGACCGAAGCUGGUAUUAUUGGGAAAAUAGGACUUAAUUCCAACGGCGUCGGUUGCUGCUUGAACGCAAUUCGCUGCCACGGCCUUGAUCGAUCCAAAUUACCUAUACAUUUCGCCCUUCGCGCCGUAUUAGAAUCAAGAUCUCGAGAGGAAGCGGUGAAACUGAUCAAGUCGUCUGGCGUCGCUGGAGGCGGGCACGUAUUGGUAGGAGAUGCGACAGGGUCGGUAGGUCUCGAGUGUACGAGCCGUUGGGUGAAGGAGUUACCAAUGGAUGAUAAGGGGCGGGUAUGUCAUACGAACCAUCUUCUUCUAGACAAGUCGGGUAUCGACGAGCCGUUAUGGCUAGAAGACUCCCCUUGCCGUCUAUCCCGAAUCCAAGAGCUCGCAGCUGAAAUAUCCGAGCCAACUCUUGACACAAUUUUUGAGGUUUUCAAGGAUACUAAGGACUAUCCGGUUUCUAUCAACAGGAAACAGGAGGUCGAUUCCAAAGCUCAGACUUUAUUCACGAUUGUUAUGGAUCUAUCAAGCAAAUACGCGCAGGUCACCGUUGGGAGACCUACCGAGUACAGCGAACGACGAUUUCUGAGAUUUGUAGAUGGCUGAACCCGUUUGCUGUUUGCUG